AUGGAGGAUCGUAUUUAUUACCGAGCUACAAUGGACCGGAUAAAACGAGGUGCUGAAAGUGAUGAAAGAGUGAGAUUUCCUCAUAUGGAUGUUAAUUCUAACGCUAACGGAUUCGAUGACUGUAUGGUAAAACCUCAACGUGAACCACUUUUAUCUUAUGCUGAUUGUGAGUUACCAGAAAUUCCGAAAAUAACGACAAGUGGGCAAUAUUUUGAGUUUGAGCAGAUCGCUAAUGGAGUUGAUGGAUACUUUGAUGAAAAUUCGGACACAGAUGAUGAGAAUUUCGGUGACAUUGAGGACAAUUCAUUCACAUUUGAUAUGUGCCGUGUGCGACGUUUUCGACGUCCAUCAAAAAGUCCACCUGAAAUCUAUCCUCGUAAGAGGUUAGGAAGUGGAAGAACCAUGCAGAGCAUAGAUGCCGAUGACAUUUGCAAGGAAGUGGAAGGACUAGAUCCAGAAGAUGUGCUCUGUACUGUCCGUGAAGAUUAUACAAGAGCUCCUCCUCUUGCUCAAGAAGAUGAUUUCGAUGAUGUUGAUGUGUAA